GUUUUUAUGUAACAAAUGGAUGCCAGUAGUAAAUUCGGUUUACUGUACUGGCAGCACGCUGCUAGAUAUGACUCCAUACGGAGAAAUUAGACGCAGGAGAAACAUACAGUAUUUUUUUUAGGUUUUAGAGGUAACAAUGUCGCUCCAGUUGCAAAUGGAGGACACCGCCGAGGGGAGAAGCAGCUUCUUCUUCGGCCAAGCUGACUCAGAUAACGGACCGGACGAGGUCGACUACUAUCCUCUUAUAUUAAAGAAAGCUAAUGUAUUAGCAUCACAGGACUCACUGAAAGAUGCUAUUGACUGGUUUUUAGCAGCUAUGCACUAUGGACCCGUACGACCUGAGGACCUGGGCACUUUCGUGGACUGUAUUCUUCGUAACUUUAAAAGAAAAGUGGUCGGAGCAGAUGCCCCAUCGGGACACAACCGGGACAGCGACCCUGGGGACGUGUUUGACUGUCCCAACUGUCACUGCUUCGUUGGUGAAGCAGUGACUGUGGCGUGUGGACACUCGUACUGUAAACGGUGUAUACAGCAAAGGCUACUCUCCAGGUGUAGACUGUGUGGGGAGAGUGUGCACUUAAAGGAGAAUAGAGUCAACGUGAUUCUGAGCGGAUUGUUAGAGAAAUGGUUUCCAGAGGAACUGAAAAUGUCUAAAACACUUAGCCAAGUGGGCGAGCUGUGCAGGAGAGAGUGCUACCAGGAGGCUGUGUCGCUAGCGACGGAUGUCACCAACAGCAGCGAUCCAGACAUGGUAGUGGUAGCACGUCUAUCCCGUGCAGAGGCAUACAUGGGUCUCAAACAGUACGAUCUAGCUCUGGAGGACACAGAGUUUUGUUCCAGUUUCAACUGUUCUGCAGAAGCUUUGUACAAGAAUGCUAUGGUGCUUCAUGAAAUGGGCAACAUGGAUGAAUCUCUCCGAGUAUUUCUCCGGUGUUUGGCUGUGGAUGAGGAUUUCCUUUCAGCUAAGAGACAAGUUGAAAAGAUCCUGUGUGACCUGCUUUCCACUGCUGAUGAGAAAGUCAAGCUGGGCAUGAGGGAAUCAACACAAAGCACAUCACCUCAUGUACGCAGCAAAACCAUCAUGGCUGAAAUGCAGUGCCAACUGCAACACCAGGCCCGAGCUUCCUCCGCACACUCGCACACUGACAAUCAGAAAAUCAGCGAAAGUCUGGAGGGUAAAUUUCUGAGUCGCGCUCAUUCCAUACGUGUUGACAGCCUAAAAUCAGAAGAAGGUCUGAAGAGAGUUUUCUCUGCUCCUCAACUGAGAACACAGGAAAAGGGAAGCCUGCUCAAGAGGAAGUUGUCUUUGUCAGACGUGGAAAAUCAUGUUGUGGAUCGUGCAAAUAUCAAGCACAAAAAGCAAGGGCUUUCUACAGGUUUUAAACAGCUGGUUGCCAAAUCAAACAUCUGCAGAAUUGUUCCCAAGAAUCUCUUGGAUCCAGUUGACUUUGAGUGUUCCCUUUGCAUGAGGUUGUUCUAUGAGCCUGUGACAACACCAUGUGGCCACAGCUUCUGUAAGAACUGCCUAGAACGCUGCUUGGACCACACACCACAUUGUCCCCUCUGUAAGGAAAGUUUAAAAGAGUACCUGGCGUGUAGGAAGUACAAGGUGACAACUGUCUUGGAAAAGCUGAUCAAACAAUAUUUCAAUCCAGAAUAUGUUGAACGAACAAAGUUUCACCUGGAGGAGACCAAAGAGCUUUCUGACCUGACCAAGAAUGUGCCUAUAUUUGUGUGCACUAUGGCGUAUCCCACUGUGCCUUGCCCUCUACAUGUCUUUGAGCCACGUUACCGCCUCAUGAUCCGACGCUGCAUGGACACAGGGACCCGGCAGUUUGGGAUGUGCAUAAAUGAUCCUCAGAAAGGGUUCGCAGAUUAUGGUUGCAUGCUGAUCAUAAGGAGCGUCCACUUCCUGAACGACGGCCGAUCAGUGGUGGACACAAUUGGAGGAAAGCGCUUCCGUGUCUUGUCACGAGGAAUGAAGGACGGAUACAGCACGGCUGAUAUUAAACACCUGGAGGAUACAAGGGUGGAGGACAGUAAUGAGCUGAAGAAUUUACAAACACUGCACGAUGCGGUCUACGAGCAGGCCCGGGUCUGGUUUCAGAACCUUGAGAUCCGCUUUCAUAAUCAGAUUCUGCAGCACUUUGGAGCCAUGCCAGAGCGAGAAGAUGAUAUUCAGGCCACCCCAAAUGGUCCUGCCUGCUGCUGGUGGCUGCUGGCCGUCCUGCCCAUCGACCCAAAAUACCAGCUCUCUGUCCUCUCCAUGACCAGCCUCAGAGAACGUCUAGUAAAGAUCCAGCUCAUACUGACAUAUCUGCAGAGCAUCCCCAACAACUAGAGCUUCCGCCUUGUGCAACCAAUUGUGAAUGUGUUGGAGCAAUGGUUGAGCAAUA